UUCCAGAUUCAUCAAUGACCAUUGAUGGUUCAGAACUCAUUGCAUUGCUGAACAGCAGUGACUUUGAAUACGUGCCUAACACCAGCCACAUUUCUUCAUUGUGCAACUAUGACAGGAGCUACACAUUCGAUAUCAUUUUCUUUCCCAUUUUUUAUACGGUUACAUUUAUUUUGGGGAUCCUUGGCAAUGGAACAGUGGUGGCAGUUCUUGUAAAAUACAGACGGAAACUGGUUAUGACCGAUGUCUAUAUUCUUCACUUAGCUAUUGCCGACAUUCUGCUUGUAAUGACACUGCCCUUCUGGGCUGCAAAUGCUGUUCAUGGCUGGGUGUUUGGUUCUUUAAUGUGUAAGAUCUUUGGUGCAGCAUUCAAAAUUAACUUCUAUUGUGGUAUUUUUCUUCUGGUAUGUAUUAGCUUUGAGCGCUACCUUUCUAUAGUUCAUGCAAUCCAGAUGUACAAGAAAAGGAAAACUGUCUCAAUCACAAUAACCUGCCUUGUAGUUUGGAUAAUCAGCAUCUUUAUGACACUUCCUGAUUUUAUUUUUCUUCAAGGAAUAUUUGAGGAAAGACGUAAUAUUUUUGUUUGUAUCCACAACUUCCCUGCUGUAACUGCCAAACACUGGAGGAUAACCAUGCGUUUCAUUUAUCAUGUCAUUGGAUUUUUCAUCCCUUUGGCAAUAAUGUUUUACUGCUACAUUUUAAUCCUCAGAACUCUGUGUCAAUCACCAGGCUGUUAUAGACAGAGAGCCGUGUAUGUCAUUAUAGCACUUGUUGCUGUAUUUUUCAUGAGUUGGGCACCGUACAAUAUAACGAUGUUACUCGACACUUUACGUCUACUGGGCUUUGCGGUUCAAGACUGUGACAACAUCUGGAAACUAAACAUUGCUCUGUCCAUCACAGUCAGUUUAGGAUACUUCCACUGUUGCCUUAACCCUUUCCUCUCAUGCCUUCAUUAG